AUGGAUCAGGUAGAGGAUGUCGGGAGCAGCAGGGAGAUGUUGGAGCGAGAGGAUCCCUCCACGCCGAGACCGCCAGCCAAAAGGAGUGAUGUCACCAAGAAAGAGCGGUCCCUCCAUAACGGACUUUCUGUCAAGGCGCCGCCCAGAAGGUCAUCGGUAUCUGCAUCAUCAAGAGGCGGGGUCGCGCCUAGACCGGCGCCACGCCGACCCCUAAGUCUGGACAUGACCCCCCAGAACCUGAGAAGGUCUCAGGAGAGGACGGCAGACAGACGGGUGGUGCAGCCACCAUGGCGCAGCGGCACCGCCCCCUCACCGCCCGCUCGCAGCCUGACGAGUCCCAGUUUAGGUGCCGGCGGCUGGAUGCGGCGCAGCGAGAGCACCUGUUCCGUCAAUUACCCCCUGGGGCUCCGAGCAGGGAGGGGGCAGAUGAGACCGGCCACCUCCCUGCCACACAUCGCAAAGGGGGCGGGGAGCACCAUGCCGCCCCCCUCCACCCGGCCGUGUCUGCUGGUGGCGCUGCGACCUCUGAACCUGGAGCAGGAGAAGCAGACCUUCUUCCAGUCCGACUACAAGUACGAGCCGCAGUUCGAGUACACUCAGCCUGAGCCCCGGAGCGUUCUCGAGAAGUACCAGGAGGGGUCCGGACUCUUCCUGGAACAGGUACGAUACCGGUCCGACUCGUUUCACCCGGAUUUGACCAGAGAGCCAAACUCCCGAAAAAAGUUCUGGAAACUUUAGUGAGUUUAGUCCAAAUAUAAUAUUUAAUAAUAAUAAUAAUAAUAAUAAUAAUAUUAACUAAUAAAAAUAAUAAUAAAAAUAAUAAUAAUAAUAAUAAUAAUAAUAAUAUUAACUAAUAAAAAUAAUAAUAAAAAUAAUAAUAAUAAUAAUAAUAAUAAUAAUAAUAAUAAUAAAAAUAAUAAUAAUAAUAAGAAGAAGAAGAAGAAUGAAAGAAAAAAGAAAACAACAAUCAUUUAAAAAAGAAAGAAAAUCAAAACAAACGAGAAACAAAACAAAAAUAAUUACAAAUACAAAACUACACAAAAAAAAUGACUUACAGAAACAAAAAAAAACUUAAACACAAAUAAAAAAAAGAAAACACAAUAAAAAAGACAAAAACAACUAAAUCUAAACAAAAUGAACCAAAAAACGAAACAAAGAAGACAAAAAAGAGAAAAAACAACAAUAACGAAAAAGAAAAUAAAACAACACAAAACAAAAGUUCAGAAGAAGAAGCGCAGGAGUAAAGGAAAAACAAAAAGAAGACACAAAACAAGAAAAAAAAACAAUAUGAAUAAAGAAUUUAAAACAAAAAAGGAACUUUUUUUUUAAAUAAUCAAAAAAUGAGAGAGUACAAAAAAGCGCUAAAUUAUGUUUUAUUAGAAACAAAUAUGAUCAACAAAUAGAACAAAAACAAAAAGGAAAAAAAAAGAACAAAUAAAAAAGAAAAAGUUUUUUAGAGGCUCUUUGUUUCCGGGUAAAUCCACGUCACUGAAGUUUUUAUGUCUGACCUCUCCUGAUAAUAUUUAGAUAUAUUUACCGUCUCAUCUUCGUUAACCACAGCUGUCGUCGUGUUCGCAGGAACGUCUGGAUAUUUAAGGCCUUUCUUCUGUUUAGGGUUAAAGGUCAAACAGAAUAAAAAAACAAUAUAAAGCACUUUGAUCCUCAUCUUUGAAUGAAAGGGAUCGAUAAAGUCUGAUUGAUUUAUUGAUUGAGAAAAUGUGUGCACAGUGAUCUCAAAGCUGGUUAAAAAGCUCUGAUGCUGAUGAUGGUGAUAAUCAUGGCGGUGACGGCGUCUUCCUGCAGGCGGUGGGCAUCAUGGAGUGCGUCCUGAGGAAGUUCGGUUCCUACGAGAACUUCGAGGAGGUGACGGGCGGCGGCGUCCUCCCGAAGAGUCAGGUUUGGGCGGCUGUUCGUAAAUACCUGCAGAAAGAAGGCUGCGUGGGAGAGGUGAGGGCGCAGAUCACAUGACCAACACACACUGCAUCACCUGUAGAUCAGAGAAGAAGAACUUCAUUCAUCUCCGAGGGUUAACUCAGUCAGUCAGGGUUGGGCGGUAUCCAAAUCUUCGUACAGGCCGAGACCGAGUAUUUUGUCUCUGCAUCAGUGCAGGUUUCUAACGGACACGGUCCCUUCUGUACUUCGUUGUUUUCCUCCAUCAUUGCUGGUUGUGUAUUCAUGGCGGUGGACUCAGUUCUUGGGAGGCGUUGAAACUGCUGCGCUGAGUGAACUCGGGGACAAAUGCGUCCUCGCAGCAGAGAGCGGGUGGUUGAUUCGGACAUGUGUCCUCAGGUUCGAAGUGUCUCCAUCUCUCGGGCUCGCCUCAUUAUUAAACUAUCCACUCAUAUUUAUCACUAGAUUUAGAAAAAGAAACAUUAUUUUGCUCUGUCCUCCUCCACUCUCCGUUUCUCCCUCGCCCCGGUCAAAAUACCGUUCGAGAUAACCAUGAUAUGAAGCUCAGAUUCUCAGCUGUCUGUCAGCGUUGGAAUCUUUCAGAUUAAACAAACUUUAAAGGAGUUACGGUAUUAAGAAGAUGUGUAGCGCUCUGCCAACCUCAUAUGGUUACGACUACCGUAGUUAAUCCUAUAAAGGUGCACACUCACAACUCUCAGACUUUGAGGGAGUUACGGUAAAAACACUCCAGGCAUACAACCUCAGCGCCGGCGCCAUGACGGGAUUAAAACUGAUCAUCUUUUGAAAGACACGGCGGUUUACCGUCUCACCGCCCUACAAUCACACACUUCAGAUGUUGGAUCUGAAGUUUGUUCUUUUGUCCUGAUGAAGAUCUCAGAAAAUAUCUCCAGACCUGUUUUGUCAUGACCUCACAACCGUACGGUGGACGAGAACCGCCACUGCUGCAAAUAAAAAAGAAUGCAAAAAAAAAAAGAAGCUUCGACGGAAGUUUACAGAGCAAAAAAAAAGAAAAAAGGAACUGAAGCCGGCUGAAAAUGAAAGAAGAAACGCUGCAGAUAACAGAGAAGUUACAGAGAAGUUACUGCACACAUAAAAGGAUGUGAAGCCGGCUUCUUCGGGUUCUUCUUUUUGCAGCAGUAACUUCCACUGUGACUCUUUUUUUUGCUUCUUUUUUUUGCAGCAGUGGCGGCUCUCGGCCUCCGUAUAACUGCCAUCAGUACUAAACAUUUGAUCUCACCGACUUUGACUCACCAUCAAUAUCCAGGAUCUGCUGCAGACGCUGAAGAUUCAGAGGAAUCAAACUGAGCGCCUCUUUUAUUUUUGACGGUUAUUAAAAUAAGAGAAACUUGAUGAACUUGAACUUUAUUGAUCCUUGAAGAGAAGGUCAAUAAAUAAGUGAACUAUUAUUCUUUUAUCAGCGUCUAUAAUUCAGACCUGCUCUCAGUUCGCCACCUCUGACUUGUUUUUUUGGGGGGCGGAGCUUCAGCUCACUUUUGACCACCCCUUCCAGUUCUUGUUUGGUCGAGUUUCUCAUAAACCAGCAGGUCCAGUUUCACAAAACGAAACAGCUGAUCUCCUUCAGUCAGCUGAUCUUCUUUUUUCUGAUUAAAAACACUCGCCACCGACCAAUCAGAGUCAAGAAAAGGAACUUCUAAGUAUCACAUGACCUCCUCUCCUCAGGUGGUGGUGCGUCUGUCUGAUGAGCUGCUGUCUCAGGCCGUCAUGGUGGUGGAGAGCUGUCGGCCCACUCUGACCAUCAACCUGGCGGGAGCUCGGCAGCACUGGCUGGAGGGGAUGCUGCGGCACGAGAUCGGUGUGAACACACACACACACACACACACACACACACACACACACGCUGAUGGUCAGCUGAUCCAGCAGUGGUCAGCUGACACCGUCGUUUUCCUCCAUGUGAAUCUUCAUGUAUCUCUGGUGGCGUAGGAAGUAGGAAUCAAGGAAAGGAUGUAACUUCAGGGGUCUGAGACAUGUCCUUGGUGGUCUCUGCUCGCUCUCUGUUUUCAACCAUGAAGUCACAUGACCUCUGAGAAGUGCAGAGGAAGUGUUGGCGUUGCUGUAGGAAGUAAACAAAGUCCCGCUCUCCUCAGGGACUCAUUACCUGCGUGGGGUGAACAACAGUCUGCAGCCGUGGGCGUCCUCAGAGGGCAGGAAACAGUUCGGCCUCAAACCGGCCAAUCCCACGGAGGAGGGCUUGGCCAGCCUGCACAGCGUGUUGCUCCGGAAACAGCCCUACCUGUGGCGUGCGGCGCUGCUGUACUACACGGUGUUCCACGCCGCCAGCAUGAGCUUCAGCCAGCUCUUCAGACACAUCGCACGCUUCGUCCAGGACCCCGACGUCCGCUGGGAGUACUGCCUGAGGGCCAAGAGGGGCCAGACGGACACGUCGCAGCCAGGUGAGGACACGCACACACACACGCACACACACACACACACACACACACACACACACACACACACACACACACACACACACACACACACAUUAGUCUGUGAAGUCGUUAGAGGCGACAGGAAUCGUUCAUCACAUCUUAAUCUUCCUCAUAUUUGAAGAGCUCACGCCUUCUUAGUACACUGGGAUCGGUUAAGUCAGUGAGUCACCGUACACACAAGCUGCAAAGGACUCUGGGAUACCUGGUGGCAUGGAUCUGGUUGGCAGUGCCACUCCCAGACUCCUGAUGUCUAAAUCUGAAGCCUGUGAAGCCGGUUUCAUCGAAAACCUCGGUCUGUUUCAGACACGAGUAUGAAAGAACGUCAAACUCUGAUCAGACCCUGAGAUGGUCCUCUGGAUCUUCUAGAAGAGCUGGACUCUCAUCAGGUUGUGGAUUCUUUAUUUUGACUCUAUGAGCUGCAGGUCAGACCUCUGUCCACCAGGGGGCAGGAGCAUCUGCAGCCUGAGAGGCCAAAGUGAGGGCAAAGAAACCUGACGUUUCACCUUCAUGUAUUUAUGGAUAAUAAUAAUAGUAGUAAGAAGAAGAACAAUAAUAAUAAUAAAAAUAAAUUAUUAAUAAUAAUAAUAAUUAUUAGUAUAUAAUAAUAAUAAUAUUAACAAUAAUAAUAAUAAUAAAUUAUUAAUAAUAAUAAUAAUUAUUAGUAUAUAAUUUUAAUAAUAUUAACAAUAAUAAUAAUAAAAAAUUACGUAUUAAUUAAUAAUAAUAUUAAUAAUGAUAAUAAUAUAUGUAUUUUUUUCUUUAUAUUUAUAAUAAUAAUAUCAGAGGGAUCUUUGAAACUUAAAGCUUCAGUAAGUAAUUUUGAUCUACUUCAUCUGAACCUGCAGAGUUUGAUAUUCAGUCUGUUUAAAUCAGUGUUUAUGAAGGGGUCUGUAUACCUGCAGAGGGGUGGGUCCUCUUCUAUAGAGGCCGCCAUCUUUCUACAGUAGCUCAGAACGGACAAACUAGUGAUCCACGUGUUUUUGUGUUUAGUGAGUUUAGGACAAAGAACAGGAUAAGUAUCAUCAUCACUGAAGCUUCUUGUCCUUAAAGGCCACCGUAGCUUCACUGAUGCGAGGAGUGAGCACGCCGUCCAGAACCUGACUGAUUCAAGUCUCAUAAAAAAAACUUUUUUCUGCACAGUAGAAGGUGACUCUGUGUGUGUGUGUGUGUGUGUGUGUGUGUGUGUGUGUGUGUGUGUGUGUGUGUGUGUGUGUGUGCAGGUUGCUUCAGUAAAGACCAGGUUUAUCUGGACGGGAUUCUCCGGAUCCUUCGCCAUCGCAGAAACAUCGACUUCAAGAUGCUGACAUCUUUAGGAAAGGUCGGUAUGGUGUGUGUGUGUGUGUGUGUGUGUGUGUGUGUGUGUGUGUGUGUGUGUGUGUGUGUUGUUUCUCUCUAAAAACCCGUCAGACGUUCAUGAAUCUUCCCGGUCUGAAGGGUUGCUCCUCCCUCAUGACGAAACCAUAAAUAAAAUUCCCUGAAAGUUCAGAGUCGUUUUUUCUGAAGAUGAGGAGAAACUGCUAAUGAUUCAACACUGACUCCAUAACUGCAAAUUUAAUAUGAAGUCAAAACAAAAUGGUCAUAAAAACUCCAUAUUGGUCACGCCUUUAACUAUUUGUUUACUCAUCUAAACUAAGACUGUCGCCGACCACAUCGCUGUUGUAAUAAAAUGUUAAAAUCCUGUCAGAGAAGGUCAAAGUUCACCAGAGUCAUAGAACUUGGAUUAGCAUUCACCACGAGCAGCGACCUUAUUAAACUCAAAACAAUCACAUCCUAGAGUGACCAGGCCAGGCGACGCCAGGCCACUGCGAAACGGCCCGGUGGUCCCGAUGGUCCAGUCCACCACUGAGUUCUGGACUCUGGGUUCACGGUCAUCGUACGGGGAAAAUUCAACCAAGACUCGACAGUGCGACUGUUUCACUGCGACUAGAAAUAGAUGUGUGUGAUGUGUAAAAUGUAUUUAGGGUCACGUGCGAAUAAAAAUAAUCAACAAAUGUUUUUUUUCCUGUAAAUACGGCGGUGAAGUUAGUUUCAGGUUGGAUAUAUUUUCCUGUAAAUACGGCGGUGAAGUUAGUUUCAGGUUGGAUAUCUGACGGACAUUCUCUGAGGAUCUACCGGUGUCUUCUCACUCUACGGUGAAGUUAGUUUCAGGUUGGAUAUAUUUUCCUGUAAAUACGGCGGUGAAGUUAGUUUUAGGUUGGAUAUAUUUUCCUGUAAAUACGGCGGUGAAGUUAGUUUCAGGUUGGAUAUAUUUUCCUGUAAAUACGGCGGUGAAGUUAGUUUCAGGUUGGAUAUAUUUUCCUGUAAAUACGGCGGUGAAGUUAGUUUCAGGUUGGAUAUAUUUUCCUGUAAAUACGGCGGUGAAGUUAGUUUCAGGUUGGAUAUAUUCUCCUGUAAAUACGGCAGUGAAGUUAGUAUCAGGUUGGAUAUAUUUUCCUGUAAAUACGGCGGUGAAGUUAGUUUCAGGUUGGAUAUAUUUUCCUGUAAAUACGGCGGUGAAGUUAGUUUUAGGUUGGAUAUAUUUUCCUGUAAAUACGGCGGUGAAGUUAGUUUCAGGUUGGAUAUAUUUUCCUGUAAAUACGGCGGUGAAGUUAGUUUCAGGUUGGAUAUAUUUUCCUGUAAAUACGGCGGUGAAGUUAGUUUCAGGUUGGAUAUAUUUUCCUGUAAAUACGGCGGUGAAGUUAGUUUCAGGUUGGAUAUAUUCUCCUGUAAAUACGGCGGUGAAGUUAGUAUCAGGUUGGAUAUAUUUUCCUGUAAAUACGGCGGUGAAGUUAGUUUCAGGUUGGAUAUAUUUUCCUGUAAAUAUGGCGGUGAAGUUAGUUUCAGGUUGGAUAUCUGACGGACAUUCUCUGAGGAUCUACCGGUGUCUUCUCACUCUCCAUAACCGGGAAUAACAACAGCAGCGCGGUUAAAUCUACUCGACACCCUCACUGUCAACGUCGGUGUUGAAUAAGGGACCGUCAAUAAAUUACCGGUUGAUGUUCUCAGAAAAGGCUGUUUUCCUUCAAUAGCUUCACUGUCAUGUGACCAAAAGACCUAAAAUUGAUUUGUAAUAAUAGUACUUAGGUUGAUCAAUAAGACAAACAUUAUUGAUCCUUUUUCAUUGAUCCCCUAAAGUUCUUUGUGCUCCUUACUUUUUUAACUCAGGAGAACAUGUGAACAAAGUUCCAGUCGAACCCUGUCGACUUUUUCUAACUUCUCAUUUCUUAUUAAAAAAUGUUUCUGACUUUAAGUUAUAAAAAUAAAAACUGCUGAGUUUGUUUUUCCUCCCGGUCCCUCAGCUGCUGUGAGGGCGGGUCUUUGAAGGGGCGGGUCUUUGAAGGGGCGGGUCUUUGUGAAUGUUUGUGGAUCCAGACCUGAUCCGGUCCACGUCUGCCUGAAGAAGAAGAGUUUACCUGUUUUGAACACCUGAGGAGUUUUGUAGGUUUGUGUCUCUGUCUGUUUUAACCUCCCUCUUUACCUGUCCAGGUGUCCUUCGAGGACGUGGAGCGGCUGCGUCCCCUGGCGUCCCUCCCACGGACCAGAAUCCCUCACUUCAUGCGAGAUCAGGAGCGUUACCUGCAGCACCUGGAUCACAUCGUCGCCGUCAACGAGCUGGACGAUUCCACGCUGCAGCAGCUGCUGCCCUGA